AUGGAAAGUCAAUUAUCAUACCCAUCUGAUGAACGAGAAGCGGCUUUGGAUGAAGAACAACCUGAUGAACAUCAAAGACAAAGAGUAGAAAUAAUGAAGGAUGGUCGUGUUGCGAUUGAUCAACAGAUGAGUGAAAGGUACCAAGUUUUAGGAAAUAUGGUCGUAGACGAAAUUCAACAAGUUCUCAAUGAACUAAACAAGGUUGACACGUAUUUUUCUCCGAUUAUUGGGUAUGCUGAGGAGCCUUUGUUGCCACUUUCUGAAGUAUGUGCUCCAUUGGCCGAUAUUCUUCAUAACUUAUCGUUCUAUAUGCAACUGGCACUAGAUGAAACUCCCGAAAAUCCACCUGAUGGGUUGACAAUUGAUGAGAGCGCUGCCGUUCGUCUAUACACGAUUGAAUGGGAAAGACCACAUCGAAGCCUGUAUUCAAUGCUCAAUUACACUUUGAAAGGCGUAUAUCAAUGCAGUGACCCAUAUCCAUCGUCAGCGGCCUCUGAAACUGGAAAAUUACCAGUUGCCAUAGUGUUUGGAGAUUUCAUGAAUGUCAACCGCGGAGAUUUGGCAGUUCUCAACUAUGAUGAUCGAAGUGUUGAUAUACUUCUUGGUAAUGGAAACAAUGACUAUGAGACUGAAUACUACUAUACGACAGAUGCUGCACCAAAUUCUGUGUUUAAUGUUGAUCUAAACCAUGAUGGACUCAUGGAUAUUAUAGUAGCGAAUGGAGACGAUGACAGCAUUAGCGGCCUACUUGAUAAUGACGACGAAACAUUUCAGACUUCGAUUGAAUAUUUAGUCGGUGACAAUCCAAUGUCAGUAACAGGAGGUGAUUUCAACAAUGAUACGCUAACAGAUAUAUUAGUAGCGAACUCUGAUGACGAUACGGUUAGCUUGGUGUUGGGCGAUGAGGAAGGCACAUUUUCUGAUAUUCAAAUUGCUUUUGACGUUGGCUCAAAACCGGUCUAUAUCAUCCCAGGCGAGCAAAGGACGGGUGAUUUUAAUCGGGAUGGAGAACUGGAUUGGGCAGUUAUCAAUCAAGAUGAUAACACUGUCAGUGUAGCACUUGGAUAUGGAAAUGCAACUUUUGAAAAUCUACAGACUUAUAACGUUGGUGCGACACCAGUCUCUAUGGUAUAUCAGGAUUUUAAUAAAGAUGAUAAAGUAGAUUUGGUAGUGGUAAACUAUGGCGAUAAUAGUAUUAGUGUGCUGCUGGGUAAUGGUGAUGGGACGUUUCAGGCUCAAAUUACUUACGAAGUUGGUAUGAGUCCAAGUGCUGUAGUCGCAGCUGAUUUCAAUAAUGAUAGCAAGAUGGAUUUAGCAUUAACGUUUUCGAAUGAAUCUUCCAUCGGUGUGUCAUAUGGAAAUGGUGAUGGAAGCUUUCAGAGACCUGUAAGAUAUAAGGUUGGUACUGCACCAAGUGCUAUGAGAGCAGAUGAUUUUAACGACGAUGGUAGAAUAGAUCUGGUAGUGGCAAAUUCUGGAGAACACACGUUCAGUAUGUUGAUUAACGGUGUUGAUGGAACAUUUCAAGAUCAAAUUAAAUAUGCUACUGGUGCGAAUCCGGUAGCGAUAACUUCAGCUGAUUAUGAUAACGAUAAAAUAAUCGAUGUGUUGGUGUGUGGUGCUAGCCCUACUUUUGUGAUAUCAGUUGAUUUAAAUCGUGACCAGAUCAUGGAUCUCGUAGUGACCAAUCUAGGUGACCAUACGAUUAGUAUUUUAUUUGGCUGGGGAAAUGGAGAUUUUCAAGCUCAAAUAAAAUACGAAGUUGAUAGGGAACCAAAUCAUGUAAUGUCAGGCGAUUUUAAUAAUGACAAUAAAAUGGAUUUAGCAGUGCUCGGUCGACUUUCGAAUCAUAUGGAUGUAUUGUUUGGUGAUGGAAAUAUGACAUUUCCGAUUCGAAAACGGUAUGGAACAAGUAGUAGUCCAGGUCCAGCCGUAGCCUAUGAUUUCAACAAAGAUAGAAAAAUCGAUAUUGCUGUGCUGAACAAACUUUCUAACCUAUUAUAUAUUUUCUUAAACGAGUGCUCAUAA